AUCCGCGAGCACCGUUAAAUAACGCGAGGCUUUACGCAUCGUUACAAGUCACUUCACGAAUUCGCAAUGACCCAGCGCUCCGCGAAGAGCCGCGUUCGUCCGACCUGCUCGAGCACGACAAAGUGCGGCCGUUUCACGAAACCGGCGGCGAGGCGGCGAGCGCGCGUGUGAUGUGAUCACCCCGAACCUCCGUGCGCGCUCAUCACGUGCUUCGGCUCAGCGCAUCCAGCCGCUUCGAGCAGAAGAAACUAUCUCACCUCUCAGGAAAGGCUCGCGAAAAAACCUACAGGGCUGACGUCAAAAAGAUUAAACCGCUCGGACGCGUCGAGCCGAACGCGAGGGAAUCGGAUGUGAGUGGAAGUGUUUGGAAACACCUCCAGGACCAAGUGCCUUUCCUCGUCUCCGGCAGCCCGUGGGAAGUUUCUUUCCAUGUGAAAACCAUCUGACACGUAUCAUCUGCUCCGUACGCGCUCGGUCUGGACCGCCGGGGACACUCGCGUAUCCGUAGAUUGUAUAACGACCGCGAGAAGACGAGACCGGAUCGCGCGUCGGUUUGCGAACUGUGAGAUCCGGGGUGCAUGCAUAAAUGCCGAGGAACUGCAUUGGAGAAACGUCACCCAAAGAAAACGAGAUCUUCUUGUGGAAAAUGGACCCGCCGAAUAAGGAGAGGAGGUCACCGGAGAACGGCCCCGGCUCGGCUCGGCCCUGUUGCUCAAGCCUCAAGAUGUUCCUCGUGGCCUUGUCCUUUGCCUACUUCGCCAAGGCAUUAUCCGGGAGCUAUAUGAAAAGCACAAUAACUCAGCUGGAAAGACGCUUCGACAUCCCCAGUUACUUAAUAGGUGUCAUUGACGGCAGCUUUGAAAUAGGUAACUUGCUAGUGAUCGCCUUCGUGAGUUACUUUGGUGCCAAACUUCACCGCCCGAAGAUCAUCGCCGUCGGCUGCCUGUUGAUGUCGCUUGGGACUUUUCUAAUUGCCUUGCCGCAUUUUAUAAUCGGACGCUACAAGUUUGAGACAUCGAUUCGAUCGUCGGUGAACUCGAGCAGUAACCUCUCUCCGUGUCCAGUGAGUUCUGGCGUUUCGGCCACAGUUCCCAGCAGCACCGCCGGACCGAGCUCAGGCUGCGAACACGAGUCCAGGUUGUCCAUGUGGAUCUACGUUUUCCUAGGGAAUAUCUUGCGGGGAAUCGGCGAGACCCCGGUGCAGCCUCUGGGAAUCUCGUACAUCGACGAUCACGCUCUGGAGGAGAACGCCGCCUUCUACAUCGGAUGCGUCCAGACGAUAUCAGUCAUCGGCCCGGUGUUUGGCUACCUGCUGGGGUCCGUCUGUGCCAAGAUAUACGUGGACAUUGGAUUUGUCAACAUGGAGAGCAUUAGCAUCACCCCGGGAGAUGCGCGCUGGGUAGGCGCCUGGUGGCUGGGAUACCUUAUUGCAGGACUCAUCACCCUGCUCUCGGCGGUGCCGUUUUGGUUCUUGCCCAAGUCUUUGCCCCUGCCAGAGAGACGGCUUGCCAAGUAUUCUCCGGAGCGGACCAGCUUCAUCAAAGACUCGCCACUGCUGGAGCACAAGUACCAGGCAGACGAGCCAGCCAACUUCGUAGAGAUGGCCAAAGACUUUUUGCCAACGCUGAGAUCUCUUUUGGGGAACCCAGUCUACUUCUUGUAUCUCUGCGUCACCAUCAUCCAGUUCAACUCCUUGAUCGGUAUGGUGACGUACAAGCCAAAAUACAUCGAGCAACAUUACGGACAGUCAGCGUCCAAAGCCAACUUCUUAAUGGGAGUGAUCAACAUCCCAGCCGUAGCCUUGGGAAUGUUCUCAGGGGGUGUGAUCAUGAAGAAGUUCAAGCUGAGCAUCAUGGGAGCAGCCAAGUUUGCACUGGGAACGUCUCUCCUGGGCUACUUCCUGUCGCUUUUCUUCUUCGCCAUGGGAUGCGAGAAUGCCAGCGUGGCCGGCAUCACCAGGUCUUACAAUGGGACGGAAAGCCUGUACAAAGAGGACAAAUAUCUCUUAGCGUCCUGCAACACGCACUGCGACUGCCCCAGAACAAACUGGGACCCUGUGUGCGGUGAGAACGGCCUCACCUACGUCUCGCCCUGCCUGGCUGGAUGCCGGACGUCCCACGGCUCGGGAAUGGACACGGUGUUCGAGCAGUGCAGUUGUGUAGCGGCCGGGAAUCACACGGCCAGUGCGGGUCAAUGCAACAACAGAGACAGCUGCCAUCGGGUCUUCCCCUACUUCCUGGCUCUGUCUGUCAUCACUUCCUUUAUCAUCUCUCUGGGCGGAACGCCGGGAUACAUGCUGCUCAUCAGAUGCAUCAGGCCUCAGCUGAAGUCUUUAGCUCUGGGUUUUCACACACUGACGACGCGCACUCUAGCUGGAAUUCCAGCUCCCAUAUACUUCGGAGCCAUCAUAGACACCACCUGUCUGAAAUGGGGUCACAAGAAAUGCGGUGGAAGAGGAGCCUGUCGAAUCUACAACACUACUGCCUACAGGAUAGCAUAUCUGGGCCUGACGCUGGGCUUACGGACCGCGUCCUUCUUCCUGUGCUUUCUGGGUCUGGUGGUGUUACGGCCGCACGUUCGGCGGCAAGAGCGCAGCACGCUGGCAAACGGAGGCUCGGGGGCCGCGGCCGGCGAGCUGCAGGCCCUCAGGAAAGAAGAGAACAACAGCUGUAACUCGGACCAGUGCCUGCGGAGCGCAGAUUACGACCCGGAGCGGGAGACGCGUCUGUGACGGCCCGCUCCGUCAGACUCGUGUAAAUGAUGUGACAUAAGUUGUUUUUGAUAUAGUAGAUUUAUUUCUUGAAUGUACAUGAUGUUUUGGGUAAAAAAAAAAAGAAGAAGAAUGUCUUACAAACUACCUAACUCGUUCGGAUUUAACGUAAAGAUGCUUUUAGAAGCGUCAGACACCCGGCUAGAGGUAAUUCAGCAUCUUUCAUUUAAGCCAUCGUCGUGCACGGGCCCUAUGAGGAUAACUAACACCUUGAGGGUCCGUCGUAUCUCUCUCUUCUGCCAUACACACAGAUAGAUGCCUGAAACAGUUGACCACGACACUGUGUGCUUAAUAUAGGCAGGCCUACAGGUUGACAAAGUUGUCGGAUAUAUCUCCAGUCGCGUCCCAUUUGUGUCGUCACGAAGGAAACGAAACGCUCACCGUCGUGCUUUUCAGUGUCGGCGGUUCCUACCGUUUAAGAGAACCGCGCGAGGAACGGGCCGGAGCGCCGCGGGUAUGUAAGUAAUCAUCUCCAUGAUCGAUGUUGUGCAAUGUCACCGUGAGAAAUGUGUGUGUGUGUGUGUCGUCACGUGUGAACGGGUGCAUUCCUGUGCCAAAAAAACUAAACUAAACAAAAAAAAAGACACAAGGAGUGCAAGAAGAAGGUCAGAGUCAACGUGGUCUAUUCUCAGGUCGUUUAAUCAAUUGUUCCUCAAAUUUGCAAAUAAUUAUUCUUUUAUAUACUUGUAUAAAUGGUUGUCUGGUUUCAGCUGGCGAACACGUUCCUUUGUCCUUCGUUUCAGGGCAACCGAGCGAAAGGGUUUUUAUUUGUGACUUGUAAAGCAAAUAAAACGAGUGGCAUUUAUUACUUGCUUUUACGUUAGGCACGUACAGAAUUUUAUUUGCUGAUGUUUUUUUUUUUUUUUGUAUCAAAGUGAUGUGUAAAAAAAAAAAAAAAAAAAUGCAUUCAUGUGAAAUAUUAGAUACGUUCUUCUUUUAAAAAUAAAAUGAAUGAUUUGCUACAUUUCGAGGAAGAGCCACAAUCGGUAGCGUUUCCGCUUUAAUCGUGAAAAUGGCAUAUACAAUCACAGCGGGAUGUAAACAAGGCACUUAUACAGGUGAUUUCGGCACCCGUCCCAAGAACACAGGGUUCAUAAAAGAGCAUAUUCCACCACAUAUGACGGGAAGAUCACAAUGCAGGCAUAAACAAGCCCCUUAGAAGUAAUUACACACCAUUUUCCAUCUUUAGGGAAUCAGACGACCAUACAAGCUUGCAUAGCAAAGACAACUAAGAACAUUUUCGUGUUUUCCCUCUCGAUUUUCCUGAGGGAGAGGAAGCCUCGUGCGUCACAAACGCGUGCGCUGACAGCAUGACUUUCAGCACCCACACAGUGGGUGACGGCUCAUUCUUGGUAAACGAAAACUAAAAAAAAUGACAAUCUCAUUACAGAAAUCUGAUUUAGCCGUGUUUUUUCUCCUCUUACAGCGCAGGGUAAUUGUCAGGCUUUUAAUCUUGGCGUAAGCCUAAACGGUUUUCAUUGUAAAACUUGGACUAGAAUAGGCAAACAAUGACACAGGAUAGCCAGCCCUCAUCUAAUAACAAAGUGAAUCUCACCGAAACACGUCCAGGUCAGAUUUAACCCUGCAAUCAAAUAGAACCCAAAACGCUAACUGUAUUUGGCAAAGGAAAACGAAUAAUUAUCUUCAGCGUGAUGCGUCGUUCGCUAAUGCAUUUAUGCUUUGGAUAUUCUAGAAAAACUUGUGCAAUAUUAAUUGGAGCGUUAAUUUCAAUGCUGUCAAACAUAUUCUGAUGUUAGAAGAGAGAUAAAACACUGAAAAUACAAAUUUUAAUUUUCACUUUUUUUUUCCUCAUUUCUGCAAUGGACUAUUUGGACAACUGCAAGUAUUUAUAAAAAUCAGAAUCUUGUAUGUGUAUAUAUAUAUUUAUUUAUUUUUAUUUUUUUUAAUUUUUUUCUUUCAUGGCAGAAAUGAGCUGCAUAAUAGAAAUGUCUUAAUUAUCGUACUGAAUUUUUAAUACAUCCAUUUACUUUACAAAAUGGGCUGAAGUGUGGCCUGGACCUGUUUCGUAAGAUUGAACGAUGUUAAGCAUGAACAGCACAAAACCAUCUACCUCAAAUGGACUCAAAAUUAAGAAAGCCUGCUUAGUUUGGCGUUUCCUUUGUUUAACAACUAACAGCAUUUGAACUCAGGUGUAAUGGACCUACCUCUCCAGACUCAAACAGACACGCUAACCGCUCACUAACAGACUGUUUGCUCGGCCCGGAAAUAAAUGCUCUCAUUGUGAUGUGUUUACUUCUUACCUGUUGUUUGUGUGUAUACGGUUUUAUUCUUCUUAAUUAAAGUUGAUCAACUGAC